AUGGAGUGCACUGACUCCACAGCAUCACCUGACAUGCAAAAGACUGAUGAAGACAACUGCUCUAUCCAAAAUCUCUCUUUAAACACUAGACCACUCAUAGACAGCGGACCAGAAAGUGACAACAGUGAAGACCCUGAUGUAAGCACUCCAGAGACCUGCCCUCUGGUGGAACAAACUGACUCCAGUUAUAUAGUAACAUGUACAGUCAACAUAGCAAUAGCCAUCCUUAAAGAAGAGGAUGAGAAACCUUUAAGUACGUCCGAGAAAAGGAAGAAGGGAACAAAGAAAAAAGCAUCCAGUGAUGUAGUGGAGGCCCCCAGAGCUGAAGGGUAUUACUGCAUUGAGUUCAAUAUGUUUCCUGAUGAGCCUGAGCCAAUCAGAGUGGAUCUAGUGAUGUUUGGCUUGGCAGCUAAAGUCUACAUGACAAAUGAAACUAAGGUGGUGAAGCCAUGGCGAGAAGGAAACCAGGUGUGGGUUGGCUGGUCUCAGACUUUGAAACUGAACGUGACAAAAGAGCUCCUAAUAAAAAUGGCCUCCCAUAUAAUCACUGUUAAAGUGUGGGAAGGUAAAGAUAAAGUGUCCUUCAAAGCCAGGAAUGACAGACCUAAAGCUUUUAGACUACCACAGGAGAGGUCUGGAGAAGAUCCAGAUGAAAUGGGUAUGGUCUUCUAUUACAAAAUUAGAAUCACUCAUAGCUCACCUGUUUGUCUCAACUCAGUUCCUUUUAAGCAUGAUUUGGCAAUAGACAAGAAAAUAGUGCCUGCUCAGAAGAGUUCAGACUUCCAGGAACAAACACUGGAGAAUGCAGAAUUCCUAGAGGUUAAACAACAAAAGGAAGCUGCUUCACUGGAGCUCAAGUCAGCUUCCCUUCUAACAGUUGUCUGUAUGUUAGGGGCUAUGACACUCACUGACUGUUUGCAGCUGUGUUAUGGAAAAGUGAAUGAAGGAUUCUGGAACAUUACUCUAGAUCAGCCACUUAUAUCUGAAGAGCUAAAGGCUGAGCUCAACCCGCUGGUCAUUACUAUUUUAUCUGCUUCAUCUCUACCAUCCACUCCAGUUCCCUUUCAUAUACUUAAGGAAAAAUGUCUUCCUGUGUACUGCCAGUAUAAGUUCCACAACAUGCGUCUUUAUAGAACCAAAGCCUGUGAUCACAGCGCUAAUAUUUACUUCAAGGAUAUAAAUGUGAUUUUUACUGGUCUACUGAGCCCUGGACAGCUGCAUGAGUUUCUUAGAGGUCCGCCUUUGGAGAUCGAAGUCCAUGAUCGGGAUAGAAAACUGAAAAGUAAAACCAGACCUUCAACCGUGUUUGGAACUGACCCCGAUGAUUUUAAACUAGCUAGUGUUGUACUAAGUAUAACCAAGUUGACGGCUCAUGAUGUCUUCAAGGAAGAAAGAGAAUUCCAUGAUCCAUAUGGAAUAGCAAAACUAGAUCUUUCCGAUCUCCUAACCGGAUGCAGAUAUUUGAAGCUCAGUUUGCCCAUUAGGUGUUCUGCUUUCGGGCAAAGUGAACCAGAGAGUACAAUGCUUCAGACUUUUGUGGAUCAUUCAGAAAUGCCAACAGGUCAUUAUAUAGAGGCUGAUUCCCAUCUAAAAGUUCAGGUGGAGUUAGCAUAUCCCCUACAUCCCGAGGGUGCCACAGGUGAAGACGACUGCCCUUUUGGUCGCAUCAUAUAUGUUUUCAAAUAUAAUAAUACUCCUGUUUUAGCCAAACUGACAUCUGAAAUUCUACAAGUCAAUUCAGAAGCUUUCCAACUUGACUCCUAUCCAGAGGAAACAACCGAGCGAGUCCUUUCUGGUCAUAAAAUGAGCGCCAAAGACAGAGAAAACAAAACCAGAAAUGUUCUCACUGGAUUUCAUAUAAUGGAUAAAGCUCUUCACCUUUUCGUUCUAGAAGGAUUGAAGGAUCAAGCAAUCAAAAGACUGUGGACGCAAGUGCCUAUGAAGUUGAAUGGUGAUGAGGAGGACCAGGUGACAGUGCUGUACAACUCAGACCUGAGUUUCUCUGUGCGUCUCUAUGACACGCUUGAUGUGGGUCUGAGUCCGAUUUACCUCCCGAAUCCAUUUGAGACCAUCAUGAGUGAACCUCUGAUGUUUAUCAGAAAUAUGAUUCCUCGUGGUUGCCUAGAAGCUAUGAAACGGUACAGAUAUCGGUUUCAUUUCUGGUCACAUUUUAGAAUAAGCCUCCUCCGCAAAGCCAACAAGCUUAUAGAAGCAGUACACAACAAUCUUUUCCCAUCAGCCGACAUGGUUCUCAGUUUAACAGAGGAGUUUGGAUUGGUUCUGAAGAGAGAACAGUUACAGAUGUCAGAGAUACAGAAACCUCAGGAUGUGCUGGAUCAUCAAAACAUCAAAAAGAGAACCCACACACCUCUUGAUAACUUUAACAGAGAAUAUUUCCAGUGGAAACAACAGUCGGGUAAUAAUGUGAAAGACUUCAUUCAGGUAAAUAUCGAAGAUGUCCAUAGGGCGAGCACAGAGUUACACAAAUCUAAGCCUGAUACGUUUGUGCACAAUCUUGAUGAUGGACAAUCUAUUCAUUCAUACAAUGUUCAAACCAUGAACUCAACUCAAGGGAACGAACAACAACACAAAGACAUGAUCUCCAGUUGCAGUGCCUUUGUCUACCCAGGCUUUAAGAGCAGUAUUGAAUCUAACCAGCAUCCAAAGCGACCUGACGAUGCCCGAAUAGAAGAACUAAGAAAGCCCUGGAGAGAAAACAUUCUCCACGGGAACAUACUGAAGCCGACUCUUUCUAGAUCCAGACUGCCGUGGAUUCAGAGACAUCAAGAUUUUGAACUUUAUUCAAAGUCGCAGUUUGUGUUUGGCCCAGAAUUCCCCUUGAGCAUCCAUUUGGCAGGUACGUUCUCACCUCUGUUACAAACAAUUGAAUUUUAAUGACAGCAGCAACCUAAAUUAACAGCUUUAUGAAAUACAGUAGUUCACCCAUAUAUAAAAAUUCUCUCAUAAUUUACUCUUUUGACGUUUCUUUUGAUGCCUCUAUGCCAGUUGGACAUUAUAUAGAAGCCAACACCCAUUUAAAAAUUCAAGGGAAGAUAUCAUGUCCCAUCCAUCCUUUUGGUUGCAUUGUAUGUUUUUAGAUA